GCUGAGUGUGAAAGGGAAUGGCUUACCCAAGGCCACCUAGUGAGUCCAUGGCAGAGGCAAAGUUCAAACCUGGGAAGUCUUUUAUUUCACUCAUGCGCUUAGCUACUAUGCAUUGUAUUCAUUAUUUUUUAGCUCCUAUGUAGUUGUCAUAAUCAGGUUUGGUGAAUGUAGAAUGAUCCUAUCUGUGUUUACUGAGAAGUCCCAUUUAAUUUAGUGGGGUUUACACCCAAGAGAUACCACCUUCAGAAAUCUAAUUUGGAAGUAAGUGAACUCAAUAGACUUCCAGAUAAAUAUGGUUACAACUGGGAUACUUUGGCAUUUAACUCCCUUUAAAGUUGGGAGUUCAUAUAUUGGUUCAUAUAUGGUUAUUGCCAAUCAGAAUUGCUUCCCCAAACUAUAUUUUCAAAACAUGUUGGUAGACAGACUUUGGUUAGUGCUAGAUUAACCAAACUAUGGAAAGAAGAAAAGGAGGAGUGAAUAGGUGUGUGAAGGAAGGUGGAGGGGAUGGUUUGAAAAAGGGAAAGUGUAAACCUGCAGUAUGUUUUUGAUCCUCCAAACCUUGAUUUGGGGGAUUGCUAACAUAGGGCUGGUUCUCACAAUCUUUUAAAUGUCUCGGGGAGGGGAAUCUAAGGCUCUCAGACCUGUACAAGCUCCUGUUUGGCAACCGUGAGAACUUGGGAAACAUUGCAAUGUGCCAUUCUGAGCUCUUUUCCCCAACAUCGGAUCUAAGAUUACCAAUGUCAAGAGCAGCUCAGGCAGGUGUGUUGCCAACCCAGCAGCAGCAAUCUUUUAUGAGUAAUCACAAUUGCAGAAUGGAAAUGCGUGCGGCUCUAGAAGCCCUAGAUUCCACUCCUUUUGACAUUAUCAAGAUCAUGAGAACCAGCCCCGUAAUGUCUGAAUUGAGCCAUAGAAACCAGUGUGCUUUCCCCAAGUAAGCCUGAUCAACUUCAACUUUUAUGGAUACCCUCACCCCUCAUUAAGUCGCUUCUGUGCCAUAAACCCAUUGUUUCAAUAGUACUUAACUUCAUUCAUUAACUUCGUUAGCAGCUUCAAUAUUUUAGUUGUAUGUAGACUGUUUGGGGCAAGAAGGUAAGAGCUGCUGGAUAAAAAUCUUACCUGAAGCCUCUGGCAUAUGCUCUUUGACAUGUUUGCCAAUGCUUUUUGAAGUCUCGAGGUAAAUGUUCAAGAAACCCACACUAGUAAUGGUAGCCAAUCAGGAUGCACUAUAUCCAUCACCUCACAAUCUCUUGAGUUGUGAGUUCACUCCUGCAGGGAGGAUAGAAAUUUUGGAGGAUUAUCUUGCCUCCUUCUGCUGCAAUAUAUAAACUGCCAUAUCAUGAGUUAGACCAUUGUUCCGUCUAGCUCAGUAUUGUCUACAGACUCUACACAGACUGGCAGUGACUUCUCCAAGGCAGGCAGGAAUUUCUCUCAGCCCUAUCUGGAGAUGCCAGGGCAGGAACUUGGAACCUUCUGCAUGCAGGCAGGUGCUCUUCCCAGAGUGGCCCCAUCCCCCAAGGGGGAAUAUUUUGCUGUGCUCACACAUGUAUUCUCCCAUUCAAAUGCAAAGCAGGGUGGACCCUGCUUAGCAAAGGGGACAAGUCAUGCUUGCUACAUCCUAGUGCAAGCCUGUUCAGAUAUUCAGUUGACAAUGUUGAAGCAUAGGACUCUUAAUAUGAGGAAUAUUUUGCACAGUGCCUAUUCUCACAAUAGUGCUGAAAGAUAGGUCAUUAGUAGAUUUUUUGCAGAUGGGGAAUCGGAGCCCAGAGACAGCAACUUUUUACAGCCACUCAGCAAGUUUCCCACUGAAUAGGAAUGUGAGUCUCUUUCAGUUGUGAGUCUAGAUCUUGGUUACUGGACUACAGACAGGAAGUUCUGUGUACCUGCUGUUCAACAGCACAGUUAGAUUUUAGACCAGAUUAGAACAUGGCAAGUGCUUAGGGUAAAGUACGUAAAUCUCAUUUGAGCCUUUCUAAUUAAUCUGUUCAGAAGGUCCUAGUGCAGCAACAGGCUGUGUCUUUGUAACUCUUUUAAGUAUGUUGCUUCUUAAUGUUGCAGCAGAAAAAGCAUUCAGUUGUGUGGCAUGAUAAAUAUAUAAUUGGUAACUACUUACUGGAUACAUUCAAGGCAAGCAAGACAGAGCAGGUCUCUUUAAGCCAGGAAAUGUGAUUUCUCACAUGAGAAAAGUAUGAUUGUAGGGGUCUGCCCUGGAGCUCCCUCCUCUGAACAGUGUAUGACAUUGUAGUCAUUACAGUAUACACUGUAGUCAUAACAGUGUAGCUUUCUUGCUUGGCUAAGUCAGACGAAAGGUAGAAUACUUUCAAAUUAAACACUACAACCUGGGAAAUAUGAGGAAGAAACUUGGCACAUUUUUUAACAUUUUCCUGCUCAGGCUGUCCUUCAACAGCACCAAGAUGAGAGAAGAUGAAACCAGUGCUUUGCUACCUAAGAUAGACAAACUGGAUAUAUUUUAUCCAUCUCAUACACAAGGCAAUCCUCCAAAUCCAGUCAGAGAAGAUGAAAUUGGCUGGGCUAGGAAGCAGGCACGACAGUGGCAUUUUCAUCUGCCUUCCCAUCACUCUCUGGACUCCCUUAGUAGCUGUGUCAAGUACUUGGUCUUUCUUUGGAACCUAGCAUUCUUCAUUAUAGGAUUGCUCAUUUUGGCCAUAGGGCUCUGGGGUCUCUCUGACAAGGAGUCACUGACAAGUGAGCGGAUCACUCAUUUAGGCAGUGACCCAAUGCUCUUCUUUGUAUUAGUGGGUCUAGCAGCCAGCACUAUGUCUCUGUUGGGGUGUACAGGAGCUCUCAUUGAAAACAUCUGCCUCCUGAAACUUUUUACUGGAGGCAUAAUCACUUUUGUGGUCCUGGAAACCCUGGGUGGAAUUGUUCUCUAUUCUCUGCGACACCAAAUCAAGGCAUCCUUGCAUGAUUCUCUCAUGGUGGCAGUGCUACGGUACCAGGAUGAUCCGGAUCUCCAGUUCAUCAUGGAUGAAAUUCAGACAGGACUGCAGUGCUGCGGAGUGGAAUCUUACCUUGAUUGGAAAACAAAUUUGUAUUUUAACUGCAGUUCUCCAGGUGUGCAAGCCUGUGGUGUUCCAGCUUCCUGCUGCCUGGAUCCAUUGGAAAAUGGCACCAUCCCAAAUUCCCAGUGUGGCUUUGGCGCCUUAGGCCUGGAGGAGUUUGUGGCUCAAAGUACCAUCUAUCUUGGGGGCUGCGUUCCCCAGCUGAGCAGAUGGCUUAAUAAUCACGCUGGAGCAAUCGCCUUCUGUUUUGUGUUUCUGAUUGUGAUUGAAGUAGGAAGCUUAUUACUGGUCACUAAGCUCCUGGCAGGCGUUACACUCAGUUCUGGUAAUAAAUGUUUACUUAACGGACUUCAGCAGAGGCCGAGCCCUUUUGAGAAUGAGUCGUUCUCUGCUGACACUUUGGCCAUGAGCGGGGGACUAGAUCGGAGCAUUGGUUCACUUACCAUGAAGGCUUCUUCUGGAUGCUGGAGUCAAGGACAUCUCAAUGGAUUAUCCUCCUCACCUGCUCCAAGGCCAAAGAAGAAAACCAACUCAAAACCCAAGUGUCUAAAUGAACAAGAAAUUCCAUAUCGGCUGCGGGAGAUAAUGAAAGGCCGUGAUGAAUUAAAGAACCCCAAGAAGAAGAAGAAGAAGAAGAAGAAAACAGGGAACAAUUGGGAGCCCAGGGCAGAGGGUGACAUACGUGUGCCAAAAUUCAGGAGGCGGAAAGGGGAGUCAGAAUCUUCUUACAUCAGGCGUAUGGAACAGGAAACGCAGCAUGUUAUAUUCCUCACCAAAAAUCAGCUUCAGCGUGAGCCUGAGAAAGAAGAGCCAAUCCAAGAAAAAUCCCAGAAGAAAAAAGAAUUUCAGCAGAAGAAACUGGAUAAGAUCCGCAAACAAAAAGAGGAGAAAAAAGCAGAUAUAAGGGAGAAGGACUUGCUUAAAGACACCGUGAAGUUUGGAGAGGUUGCUCUACAGCCCCCAACACUUACAGCAAAGCCCAGAAAGAGUGUCCUCAAAGCUGGCCAGAGGCAGUUACUGCUGAUGUCUCUCUUGGGUUCUGACAAAACGACUUCCACUCACAAAGCAGUCCCUGCAUCUCUUGCUCGCCAGAGGAUUGUGCAAGAGGAAAGAGAGAGAGUUGUUCAAGCCUACCGGGACAUAAAGAAACGUAGGCAGCAGCAGCAGCUGUCAUCUGAGAGCCAACUUGCUAUGGACAAACUAAGGAAGCCAGUCUGAGGACACUUCCACUGUUGCAGGAAACACAGAGCCAUUUUUGUGCAAGAUGUAACUGCAGUCAAGGUUGUCAUAUUGUUUUGGAUGGGUGUGUCAAACCUCAUCAGGCAUAUCUCUUGCCAGUUCAUUUGUGAUGAACACUUGCGUUGGGUGUAGAGCUGCCCUUACUCCUUUCAGAGUGAAUCGUACAUAAGGCAUCUUUCUCGGCCUAGUUUCAGAGCCAUGUACAGUGGUGUUGGCAGCACAGGACUGCUUCCUGCAGAGCAUCCUUCUGGAACACACGGAUGAGAGUUCUUUGUCACUUUCCACCCCAUUUUGGUAUCCCUGCAACCCUUCCUUCCAUGGCUAGAAAGUGUUUGGGGAAAUGGGUCUUCUGUCAUAUGUGAAGAUCUGGUUUCUCCCUAUUAUAGGCUGGAAACUUUUCCUGCAUGCCCUUGCUGGCUUCCAAAACUAAGUUUGAAUGUGAAGAAUUGAAAAAAUAGUUUGUUUGAGACUGAGGGGAAGGCAAAGAUUCAAACCAAAAAAAGGCAGAGAUGGGAUAGUUGGAUCUUUUGUUCUUGGCUCACACAAGCCAAUAUCCUAGAUGUGUAUCUGUUGCUUUAAAAUGUGGUUCAUUAGGCAUUCUUCGGUCCCUGUUCAAAGUUCUUAGUCCAAUUUCCCUAAAGGUGCUUGAACCACAGUCGUGCACAUCCCUAGCCUGCUUCAUGAGUUCUGGAGCAGCGAAUGGGUACGUCGGAAUAAAGAUACUUCUGUAUUAAAUAAA